ACAGCCUGGCUGUGCUUGGUUUGUGCAACUCUUCACUUGCUAACCUGGGUGGUGUCUUCAUGUUGAAAGUAUGAGUACAGGUUUGGUAAUGUCUGUGCAUAUGCUGUGUGUGGGUUUGGGAACAAGCAGAGGUAAGCAGCAUGUGGGUCUCUGCUAAUUGCUCCCCAGCACUGCACCGCUUUGGGAGUGAGGCUGAUUUACACAGUGUGGGCGUAUGGGGCCCUGGGGCUUCUGCACCUGUGCUGGUGGGAGGGGCGAGACAGCUGGGCCUAGAAUGUAGCCUGGCGGUCACCUGGCCACUGGCAUCAGAGCCUGGCCCCUUAAGGGCCUCUAUGAGCUAUAUAGGGUCCACCUGCAGAGGCCUGAGCAACUCUUAGUAGACCUAGAAGGAGAUGGAAGAGGUCAUUGCAGGGCUGGAGAGGUUCACCUUCACCUUUGAGAAGGAUGUAGAGAUGCAAAAGGGCACUGGACUCUUGCCUUUCCAGGGCAUGGACAAGUCGGGCUCAGCUGUGUGCAACUUCUUCGCUAAAGGACUCUGUGAGAAAGGGAAGCUCUGCCCGUUCCGGCACGACCACGGGGAGAAGAUGGUGGUGUGUAAGCACUGGCUCCGGGGGCUGUGCAAGAAGGGUGACCAGUGCAAGUUCCUGCACCAGUACGAUGUCACCAGGAUGCCCGAGUGCUACUUCUACUCCAAGUUCGGUGAAUGCAGCAACAAGGAAUGUUCCUUUCUUCACAUGCAGCCAGCUUUCAAGACCCGGGACUGUCCUUGGUAUGAUCAAGGUUUCUGCAAGGACGGUCCCCUGUGUAAAUACCGCCAUGUCCACAGGAUAAUGUGCACUAACUACUUAGCUGGCUUCUGCCCCGAGGGACCCAAGUGCCAGUCUGCACACUUCUCAACUGGCCACGGAGUUCAGCACCUCCUGCUUCUGCCUGGGGACCUCGCAAGCGCUCUUCCCAAACGGAGUGCCUGCCUUUCCCCCCUCAGAUGAGGCCCCCGGAGCAGCUGGUCUCCUAUUGCCUGGGGCCCAGGGUGCAGGUACAUGGCCCCUGCUACAGGUGUCGAAAAAUGGGCCAUUAUGCCAGUAAAUGCAGUAAGACUGAACUGGUCCGAGUUACUGAAGCAUCACCUCAGGUGUGUCUGGGGACUGGACGACCUGCCAGGGAAGACUUUCAUGGCCUUUCUGUGGUCUUCUCUGUUCCCGAUGUCCCAGUGAACCCGCUGUCGUUGGUCUAAACAGGAUACGAGAUGCGAAGUGGCCUGCUGUGUUUCGGUUUAUUUCCUCUUGUCCUGUAUGUGAGCCCGCUACUAAGAAGACAACAGGACUGGAGGCAGGUUGACUGUGGCAGGAUGAGUUAUCCACAAAACGGGGGAGCAGAGCAUGUGUGGAACCAAAAGCUUGAGUGUACGGAACUAGUCGUCAUCACGCUCUGCUCAGCUGCUGCACAGAAGUCUGGGCUGCGCGUGGCAGUUCCUGCCCGUGCACGUGGUUCAACUGCGGCUCCAAACUGGCAAUUAAAUCAGUGGUGUUCUUUUUGCAUGACAGCUGCUUCCCUGUAUGGCUUACUUCAAUUGAAAGCUAUAUUCUGGGCAGGCCUCAGGUGGGGAGUUACAGGGGGGUAGGUGGUACAAACAAGGUUUAUCCUGGGAGACAGGGACGUGGCAUGGAACAUUUAAUGCUUACGAUCUAUGCCAUUGUAGAAGUCAACACCAAUGCAAUUUAGUCCCCUGGGAGAGGGGUGGGGACGCUAAGCUGUGCCUUUUGGAGAAAAGGAGAAAAGAGCAGCUACAGAAGGCGGGUGAUAGGACAAGCCCCACCCCCCACACCCUUUGGCAGAUGGACAGCUGCCUGGCCUGCCUGGAGCUGGAGGGUAAGGGGUAAGGCAGCCUGAAAGAAAGCUGGCCCAGGAGGCAGCUUUGGGGGAGUCUGAGUGCCAGCUCCUCCCUGGGCUGUAAUAUGACAAAUACCACAUAGCUAUGUAGGUCAAUCACUUAACCUCCUCAAGCCUCAGUUUCUUCAUUUUGGAAAAAGAGCAUAAUAGCACCUGCCUCCCAGGGUGAGUGUAAGGGUAAAAUGAGAGAAUGCACGUAAAGAACUUUUCCACCGCACUUGGCUUUGACAAAGCAAGCACCCAAAUGGUAGCUCGAUUUUAGUGAGGACUGUGGUAGGGUCUCUUUUGCUUGGUUCAAGCUUAGAAUGUGAACAUAGUACAAUACCACCAGAGGUUUUUUUUGAGGAGCUGUUAUUUUAAUUCCUACUGUCUGCCAGGUCUUGCUGGAAUUAAGAUGUAAGACUUCUAAUCUCACCAAAUCUCUGCAAAGCACGUAUAAUUACUCCCCACUUUAUAGUCCAGACCAUGGAGGCUCCAGUAAGUGAGGUAAGUUGCCCAAGGACACACCCACCCAUUCCGCAGGUGAGGGUCUGGAAGAAGCAAAUAAUCAGAAUAGAGGAAUUCUCUUUAUUUAAAAAAUAUUUUUGUUAUAAAAGAAUGGUGGUAGUAAUAUGCAGGGGGAACAUGGGUGGGGAGCAGGUAGUGAGAGUAAUUAGGAUAAUCUGCAAAUCAGGAAAAACAGGACUAAUAAGAAUAGUGGCAGCAGAAAGGGUUUCCCAGAAAGCGUGCAGCAUCCUAUUAAUACAACAAAAUGAUUUUAUUUUUAAUAGCUAAAUGUUUUCAUGUAUAUUAGAAAAAAGAUACACUUUCUUUAGUAAACUCAGUUAUUUCCAAUAUUAAGGCUCAGGAUUAAACUCAAGUAGGCCCCAGGGAUAAUCCACUUUGCACGGACCCCGUGAGUUACAGCCAGGGCUCAGGAACGGGAGUACUUCCGACCUUAGAUCUCUGGUCAAGGAACCUUCCCGGAAGUCUUCUCAACGGUGGAGCGCGCCCCCUGCAGGCUGGACGGGGCGGUGGAAAUGGAUCGCUUGUGUGGACUCUCCGGCUGACCAUCUGUCUACGCACGUUGCUGGUAAGCUUGCUCCUGACUUCACGCUGCUGCCCUGGAAGCACUGGAAUCUAAGCACUGUUGCUCGCCUAGGGAAGCUCUUGCCAGAGCCACGGAAGGUGUGGAGCAUGGUUUGGAGACAAAAUUAAGGAGGCUGUUGAACACGGUCAAUCAUAAAAAGAGCACUCCCCCUUUUGUCUUGGCUUUGCGAAAAGACGAGCAGUGACUCCUGCUGAAGUGCACUGGUGUCUGCACGUAGCCGUCCCACUUUUCUACAACCCCAGUUUUGAAGAGACUCUCUAAGUCCCUGGAUGAAGCCGGUGAUCUCCUCACACACAGUAUUAGGGACUGGCAUGGAAAUGAACUCGUAGGGAUAUUUGCUUAUUCGAACAAUGACUGUAUCCCCAUAGGACAAGUUUACACCAAUACCGCCAACCAGAGCUAUGAGGCAGGCGUAUUCCUUCAUCGUGCUGUUUGUUUAGAUCUCAAUUGAGGAAAAAAAUUAGUUAUCGACUGACCUCAACAACUCUCUUAAACUGUUUUGAACAAUCUGAAGAAACCCUUCAAACACUUAAUAAAAGGUCUUCCAGUAUUUUCCCACCUCUGUUACUUUGUGGACAUGACCAAGUAACUCCAGAAUCUGGAGGUUCUGCAGACGGCUUCUUUGAAGACGCCCACAUCAUUUUAUUUAAGAAUCAAUGCUGUGUCUAAUUCAAAGAAAUCAGUUAAGAUUUGCUUUCCUAUUAUGUGUGAGUUAGGAUUCUUGCUGGUGACUGUGUCAACCCCAAACCCUCUUGUUAAUGUAGAAUCCCCCCUUUGUCUGAACUCGGCAAUAUGGGGCAGACAGCCCUUUAGGACUGAUGGGUCACUAAGUAGUUCAUUCACGUCACUAAGGAUCUGAUUUCCAGGGAUGUACAGUACUUACUCUGACAUAAGUAAAUGAAAUCUUUCCAUUAUGUUUUGGCGUUGAUUACAAGUGACACUCGUUUAUUUACAGUAGUGAUGAAAAUGUUCUUGAUACAAUCUUGGGGGAGGGUGCUACAAGCCACCACUGCACUUAAGUGUUGUGGGUUAAUACGGGGGCACUGCUAGGGCACUAAGUUACUAAGUCAAGAAAGGCUUCUCCUACUUGUUUUCUAACCCAAAAAUGUUUCAGAGCAGCAAUCCUGCCUUCCUCGCUCCAACACAGAGACCGUGAGGUGUCAUAUUCCUCUAGGGCAGGGAUUGCACCUUUUCUGUAAAGGGCCAUACAGGAAGUACUUUCAGGUUUGCAGGCCGUAUGGUUUCUGUUGUCGCUACUCUACUCUGCCACUGUAGUGAGAGCAGCCACCUGAGCACACAAGCAGGGCUGGGUUCCAGCAAGGCUUUACGAAACGGGGCAGUGGGCUGGCUGGUACCUGUGGGCCCUGGUUACCUGCUGACCCCCGCUCCAGGGGACUGGGGAAUUGGGAGAGGACAUCAUUGAGAGGUCAUUCUCAUCUACCUUCGCACCCUGAGAGUUCCUGAUCUGGAGUGAGGACAAAGCGGGAGGCACAGGGAGAAUCCCUCCCUAAGUGUCUCUGUAAAAGAGCAUUUACAAAUGGGCACAAAGCCUUUUUGAAGGGAAAGAGACUAUUUUUGGAGUUCCAAUGAAGUUGUUAGAAAUAUUAAAACUAAAAUAACUGAAUGUAGUAGUACUCAACCAUAAAUUUCUCCUUAUGGAGAAUUCUAGUAUCCUUUUCCUUAACCAUGAGAAUGUGAUACAGAAUUUUAGUAUUCCCAUUGGGGAUAAUUAAAGAGGGAGAGAGGAACGGGAUUGGGAAUAGAAAAAGUAGAUAAAGCAGAAGAUAGCCAGAUUUCAAGUUUUGAGAGAUGUGCAAAAAAGUAAAUGUCGGCCUUAAAAUAGCACAGCUGCUUUUAAAAGACGGCCUGACCUCACAUAUCCUGGCACGAGGGUAACACAAGCAAAGCUUAGAUAUAUAUAUACUAUACACACACACAGAAAAAAUGUGCUAGAAAAAAAUGUAUAUACAUUUUAAGAAAGGAAAAAAAUGUAUGAAAACU